AUGACCUCCCAGCCUGACACUCGUCCCCGCGGCUUCGGAGAUUCGCGCAGAGAGAGAGAGUCCGCCCGGAGGAAAGCGAAGGACCGCGACGUAAAUGAGAAGGAAGACGACGACGAUAAAGAGAGAGAGUCUGGACAGGAGAAUGAGACACUGAAGAACAUCCCGAUAGAUCCGAACACCUCUCAGAUCGAACACUUUAUAGAUCCGACCAUCCGACAAAUAAGAACUCCUGACAGAUCCGCACAUUUCAAAGAUCCGACCACCCGACAGAUCCGAACAUUUCAGAGAUCCGACCACCCGACAGAUCCGAACAUUUCAAAGAUCCGAACACCCGACAGAUCCGAACAUUUCAGAGAUCCGACCACCCGACAGAUCCGAACAUUUCAAAGAUCCGAACACCCGACAGAUCCGAACAUUUCAGAGAUCCGAACACCCGACAGAUCCGAACAUUUCAAAGAUCCGAACACCCGACAGAUCCGAACAUUUCGGAGAUCCGAACACCCGACAGAUCCGAACAUUUCAGAGAUCCGAACACCCGACAGAUCCAAACAUUUCAAAGAUCCGACCACCCGACAGAUCCGAACAUUUCAGAGAUCUGACCACCCGACAGAUCCGAACAUUUCAGAGAUCCGAACACCCGACAGAUCCGAACAUUUCAGAGAUCCGAACACCCGACAGAUCCGAACAUUUCAAAGAUCCGACCACCCGACAGAUCCGAACAUUUCAAAGAUCCGACCACCCGACAGAUCCGAACAUUUCAGAGAUCCGACCACCCGACAGAUCCUCACCGCUGACGAAGAGCCCCGAUCCGGAAGCCCUAAUCACCCAGCGAGACCGACAUCCAGCGCUCGCGACGCGGCAGGCCCCGGAUGUCAGCCGCAAGAAACGUGA